CUAAUUUUUCUAUCUACUAUUAAAAAUAAUAAUUAAUGAAUUAAUUAUUAAUAAAUUAAUAGUCUAAUAAAUUAAUAAUUAAAAAAAAUAAAUAAAUAAUUUUUUAUGUUUUCAAUUAGUUAAAUUAAUUAAAUUUUAAAAAACAUUAAAAUGCAUUGUAUUGUUCUUCUGCUGAUUUGGAGUAUCUUUUCUAAUUAUUGUGAAUGUAGACCGUCUGAAACACUUUCCACUAUGCCUAUUGAUAAUUUAGGAAUUGAAAAAUGUAUUAGACCUGUGGAGGAUACCGAAACAUAUUGGGUGUGCAGAUAUUUCCCAUCUAAAGUUAUUACUCCAGUAAAAGCAGCCUUAGAUUACUGUACAACAAUGAUAAUCAUUGAUGGACCUAAAAUUCGUCAUGUGUGCAGAGAGGAAGAACCUUUUUAUGUUGUUGGACAAAAUCGGCCACUCGGGAUGAUUAGUGAUGAAUUUGGCCAAAACGACGAUCGUUCUAACACCAUAGAAUAUAAUAUUGUAUCGACUUAUUGGGAUACAUUUUUUUAGUUAUUUUUUCGACAAAAAAAAAUUAAAAUUUUCGAAAAAAACAGUUUUUUUUGUUUUUAAAAUUUUUAAACUAAAAACUUAAAAUGAAUACUACGUUCUAUUUCAUUUUUGCGAGUAAAUUGUAAUAAAAAUAUACCAAUACAGUAUUAAAA